AUGCCUCCCAGCCCGAAGAACCCAGCCGCGAAUGCCCCUCAUCUGCUUGUGCUGCUGGUGAGAUUGCAGAAUCGGCGCAGCUUCGCCGGCAUCGUUGCCGCUGUCACGUCAGAUAUCGGCCUCCUAGACAAAUUGGAGCCAUUCGAUGCUGAAUGCGAUGCUACCGCUAUUUAUAUCGCUCUUAGGAGAUUCGUUGAAGUUCACCAAGCCCUGCUCAACAUUGUUAUUGGCGAGAAUCAGAUUCUCGAACAGGUUCCUAUUGCCGGUGCCGCCGUGGCCGGUGUUCUGCGCACUUUGAAAAGUGUCGUUGAUAUGCUGGCCAAUGCCAUCAUUGAUCUGAUUCCCAGCCAAAAGGAAUGCGCCAAGUCUGAGGUGGGCAAGCUCAGCGAGACGCUGGGACAGGCCCAGGAGGGCCUCAAAUCUUGCACUCAGCCCAAAGAAUGUGCUACUGGAGAGGUUGCAGAAUCUGCUCAGAGCAUCGAUCUCCAAGGCCCUGCCAACGACCUAUCUGCCACUUCUAUUAGUGCGAUUACAGCUGUCCCUGCCGGCUUCGGAAAGAUUGUUGCUGCCACAACGAAGGACAUUGGAAUUCUCGGCAAUCUUCGGCCGCUUGAUGCAGAAUGUGAUGCGGCUGCCGUGUCCAUUGCUUUAACAAAAUUUAUCGAAGUACAUCAGGCUCUUCUCAAUAUUAUUAUCAGAAAGGCGGCACCUCUUUCGAAGGUUCCCCUCGUUGGCGCCCCCGUAACGGCUGCUCUUCGAGCUUUUGAAGGUGUCGUUGACGAGAUGUGGAUCAGAAUUGCAAAAGGCAUCAAUCUCACUCAAGCCAUGUCUUGGACAGCUGGCCUGGCAUCGCUCCUAACUGGUCGUGCACUAGCUGGGGAACCCGGAUAUCAGCAAUACCCAGAUAUCGUUACUGUUGAGGUUACCAGUAUGAUAUACCUGGAAUUCGGGGCGUGUUACAACCAAUGCCCGCCACAGACCAAUGCUCAGGCCACCGCUUGUUCCACUCCGCCCCCAGUUACUCUCACACUGCCAACUCAUGCCCCUGAGGGCUGGAACGAGACCAUUGCUCCUGCAUGCAGCGAUUGCCCUGCCACAGUUAUUCACUAUGAGCCGAACGAUGCCGAGUUUGUAACAAUGACAACAAAGAAGGGCUACGGUCCAUACCCUACUGUUUCAACUGUUCACCCGGAAUGUGCUGUCUGUACAGGCACCGUCAUCAUUUGUGAGCCAGUUGAGCCAACCGCCAACGCCUACAUCGGCCCUGAUGGACUGGAGACAAUCAUACUCCCCGGGGCUGAGCUAGACGGACCAAGGGUGACUCUACCUCCCCAACGUCCUGGAGAGCCCGCUACCGUUGUUAUCGGUGCACCAGGGUUUGAUAAAGACCUUUCAACAAUUACACUACCCGGCAGCAAUUCCAGCUCACCAACAAGAACACUCUUACCUACAGGACCUAGCGGGGAGCCUAUUCCUGGCGGUUCUCCGAUCGUUGUAGUUGGGGACGGGGAUGUUCCUGGGUUUAGUAACAGUAACGGACUGGGCCCUGAUGGGCUCAAGACAAUUAUACUCCCCGGAGCUGAGCUUGAUGGCCCAAGGGUAACCCUACCUCCUCAACGUCCUGGAGAGCCCUCUGCUGUUGUUAUCGGUACGCCGGGGUUUGAUAAAGACCUUUCAACAAUUACACUACCUGGUAGUGAUUCCAGCUCACCAAUAAGAACACUCUUGCCUACAGGGCCUAGCGGGGAGCCUAUCCCUGGUAGUUCUCCGAUUGUCGUGGUUGGGGACGGGGAUAUUCCUGGGUUUAGUGACGGUAAAGGACUGGGUCCUGGUGGUGACCUUGAAGCGGGAAAGAAUUCAAACCCCACCUCUUCCCCAGACGCAGGCGCGGGCACCGGAAGUGGUGGCGGUGAUGGGCUCACUGGAACAAGUUCCCGUCCUGGCAUAUCGCCUUCCGACACACUGCCUUCUGGCAUAUUGCCUUCCGGCAUAUCGCCUUCUGGCACGUUGCCUUCUGGAAUAUCGCCUUCCGAUACACUGCCUUCUGGCAUAUUGCCUUCCGACACACUGCCUUCUGGCAUAUUGCCUUCCGGCAUAUCGCCUUCUGGCACGUUGCCUUCUGGAAUACCGCCCUCCGACACACUGCCUUCUGGAAUAUCGCCUUCCGACACACUGCCUUCUGGCAUAUUGCCUUCUGGCACGUUGCCUUCCGGCAUAUCGCCUUCUGGCACGUUGCCUUCUGGAAUAUCGCCUUCCGACACACUGCCUUCUGGCACGUUGCCUUCUGGAACGCCGCCACCCACCAGCUGCGUUCCAACCGUUUCUCCCACUCAGUCGGCUUGCGUGACGGCGCUUCCUCAAGCUUGUAGCCAAAUUGAGUCCCUCAAAGGACUUGCUCUCAUCCCGGCUGUUCCCUUGUGUCUUGCGGCGCUGGGCCCAUUUGCUGUUGGUAACGUCGCGACUUGUCUGACUACGUCUAGUAUCAAUAUAUCUACUGCCGGAAGUGAUAUUACCAACUGUCUGACCACCGCAUUUGAGGGCCGCUGUAUCAAUACCCUCCCCCAGGAAUGCGAAAACCUGAAGAGCAAGACCGGACUCGCUCUUGUACCAGAUCUUGCUAUAUGUACACUGAAGCUAGGCCCGUUUGCAGUUGGUUCAGCUCUCACCUGCCUCUCUUCCUCUUCAAUUACCGAUUCUUCAACCGGCACAGGAGUCGUUGGCUGCCUCGAGACGGCCCUCGGCCUUUCAUCGCCUGGAUCGAGCAAUGGGGGUGGUGACUCUUGUACCCCGAGCACCGGGGGACAGACCUGCGUUACUCAGCUCCCUCCAACUUGCAGUGGUCUUCAGAACAGCAAUGGGCUGGGGCUCAUUACAGCCAUUCCAACCUGCCUUGCCUCCCUUGGGGCAUAUGGCGUAGGUAACGCAGCGCAGUGCUUAGUCACUACCUCCAUCUCCGUCAGUUCAGUAGGCAGCGAUAUUGUCAAUUGUCUCCUGAAUGCCUUCAAGGAGACUUGCAUCGCAGAGUUGCCCCCCGCAUGCUCCAACCUCGCGAAUGAUGAUGCAGCGAAGCUUAUCGUGGACAUUCCGCUUUGCGUCGCGGCGCUUGGUCCUUUUGCUGUUGGCGGGGCGUUAACUUGUCUCUCGACCACGGCGGAGUCUGGAAGCAGUAUUGUCGAUUGUUUGAAAAAUGCCCUUCUCUAA